AUGCUAGUGGCUCUCACCAUGACGCAGGACUGGUGGGACGAGAUAAUCCAAAUACCAGCAUACAAUGCCAACGGACACUCCAUACAAUUGGAGGAAAACUUCCUAGAGAAACGCAUCGCAGACGAACUACAAAUCCUCAAUCGGAACCUUCACGAGGUCAGCAUGGCCGAUCAGCUCGAGCAGGAGUCGUUGGAAGAACAGAUAGUGUCGCUCCUAAGGACAGUGAUGCAGACCCUUCAGCACCGAUGA